UUGUUGAAAAAAUGGCUGCGUCCAUGGCAAAUGGAAUGAAAAACAGUUUUAUAAAAUCCCUUUUAAACAGCGAAGGUUCGCAUCGAUUAACAAAUGUAAGGUAUGCAACAGGUUUACGAUUAAGAAGAAGUGGGAAACUACCAGGAGUUGCAAGGACAUUUGAACAGAGAUUAGAAGACAUGAAAUUGACAAAACAAGCCAAGCCUCCCAAUGUCAACAUUGGUUUUCCAUUAACAAAAAAUAGUUUGAUAGAAGAACAAACUAAAGCUGUGAUAAAGAAAAAGAGAAGACAGUUACUGGCCAUAGUUCAAGAUGGAAAAUUAAAAAUUGACCUGGACAAAGUGGAUGAAGAAUCUUGGAACACAAACAAACAGGAGCAGCUACACCGACUUACAGAGCAUUAUGGUAUAUUUCGAGAUUUGUUUGGAGGAGCUUAUUUUUACCCACAUGUCAACUUGGACGUAAGCUAUGAUAUUCCUGAUGACUAUGAAUUACCAGUGUAUCAUGGAAACAGGAUUGAACCCUCUCAGACUGGCAGACCUCCAAAUGUGUAUUACGAGGCAGAACCUGACACUUUGUGGACAUUAUUAAUGACUGCGCCAGACAGUCACUUACAGGACAACAACACAGAGUACCUCCAUUGGCUAGUGGGAAAUAUACCAGGAAAUGAGAUCAGCAAAGGGGAAGUACUCUGUGAUUAUCUGCAGGUGUUCCCUGUGAAGGGAACUGGAUUCCAUCGCUGUGUAUUUGUUCUGUUUAAACAGGAGCAGAAAAUUGACUACAGUAGUGACAGACUGAAUCCAAACACGUGCUCUUUAAGGGAAAGGUCAUUCAAAACCUUUGACUUUUAUGAAAAACAUCAAGAUCAUAUCACACCAGCUGGGAUUAGUUUUUUCCAGUGUCAGCAUGAUGAAAGUGUUCGAGAUGUUUUCUGGAAUAAGCUUGGUAUGAAGGAGCCAUGUUUUGAGUUUGUAUUCCCAGCUUCUUACCACCCAAAGCAGAAGAAGUUCCCACAUAAACAGCCAUUUGACUUAUAUUUAGAUCGAUACAGAGACAUUAAAGAUAUUGAUGAAGAGGUCUUACGAGAGAAAUUAAAAUCUGUACAUCCAUUUAAGCCUCCCACACCUCCCCCUAAAUACCCAUUCUUACACUACAACGAUGAGGUCAGAGGAAAACCCUCUUGGAUAAAGAUGAAGAGGAAACACAUGUUAUUGAAGAACAUGCAGUGGAGGGAAUCUUGAUUGUAAUGUUCAUAAACUCUUCUCUAAUAAAUUUCAUUUAAAUACCA